GCGCACCGGUGGAGACUGAUGGCGCUGCGAUGGAACGCGUUACAAUGCAGCGAUAGCGAUGGCGCACCAGUGGAGAGCGAUGGCGCAGCGAUGGAACAGCGAUAACGAUGGCAGCGAUAGCGAUAGCGAUGGCAGCGAUAGCGAUGGAAGCAAUAGCGAUGGCGCACUGAUUAAGAGAUGGCGCAACGAUGGAACCAGCGUUGCGAUGGCAUCGAUAACGAUGGCGCAACGAUGGAACCUGCGUUGCGAUGGCAGCGAUAACGAUGCCGCAGCGAUGGAACCAGCGUUCCGAUGGCAGUUAUGGAACCAGCGUUGCGAUGGCGCAGCGAUGGCCAGCGCUGCGAUGAGAGCGAUGGCGAUUGUCAGCGCUGCGAUGGUCAGGCGAGCGCAACGGCUGCGAUUGGGGAUAUAGCUUUGCGUCGCGAUGGCGAUGAGCUAAGCGCAUCGAUGGUGAUGGUGCAUGGCGAGC